ACUUGUUGCUCUUUUUAAACUCCACAGCACCAGAGAUGAAGUCACAUUUCUUCUUUUAAAGUGAAACAGAUUUGCCCUGUGAGUCUGUCGCUUCUGUUAGAACUUAGUGCUUUUUGUACUGCUGGUCACCUGGACUUCCUCUCAGGAGAUUCUGUUUGAUCUGAAAGCUGCACACUAGGGACUUGCUGGAAGCAUGGACCUCAGUGACAAGUGGGUUUUGGAGGCACAAAGCUGGUUGUCCCAUGCUGGAAUUCACCAUUUUCUCAACACCAGAUGGGGCAGUGAGGACGUGGAUGCCUCCUGUGCGCCUUACAACCCGGGGGAAUCCGCUCCGCCUCCUGUUUGUCACGACCCUGGCAGUCCCAUCCAGAUUGUAGAAGACCCCCACUGUUUUUUCCCGGACCUUCAGUUCUAUUCUGGGAGGCAUGAAGCCUCUGCUUUGACUGUGGAGGCAAACAGUAACCUCAGGGAGAAAGUUGUGGAGGAUCCUCUUUGUAACUUCCUCUCCCCGAACUUCCUGAGACUUUCAGAGGUGGAAAUGAGAGGUUCCGAGGAUGUGGCAGCUGGAACAGUGUUACAGCGCCUGAUCCAGGAACAGCUGCGGUAUGGCACCCCAACCGAGAACAUGAACUUGCUGGCCAUUCAGCACCAGGCCACAGGGAGUGCAGGACCAGCCCACCCUACGAACAGCUUUUCUUCCACGGAAAACCUUACUCAAGAAGACCCACAAAUGGUCUACCAGUCAGCACGCCAGGAACCGCAGGGUCAGGAACACCAGGUGGACAGCACGGUGAUGGAGAAGCAGGUCCGCUCCACACAGCCACAGCAGAACAGUGAGGAGCUGCCCACUUACGAGGAGGCCAAGGCCCAGUCACAGUUUUUCAGGGGGCAGCAGCAGCAGCAGCAGCAGGGUCCCACAGGCCAUGGCUACUACAUGGCUGGGGGCACCAGUCAGAAGUCUCGCACAGAGGGGAGACCCACGGUGAGCCGUGCCAACAGUGGGCAGGCGCAUAAGGACGAGGCGCUGAAGGAACUGAAGCAGGGCCAUGUCCGCUCCCUCAGUGAAAGGAUCAUGCAGCUGUCAUUGGAGAGGAACGGUGUCAAGCAGCACCUCCCUGGCUCAGGGAAUGGAAAGGGGUUCAAAGCAGGAGGGGGACCCUCGCCAGCUCAGCCUGCUGGGAAAGCCCUGGACCCCCGAGGUCCUCCCCCUGAGUACCCCUUUAAGACCAAACAAAUGAUGUCCCCCGUCAGCAAGAACCAAGAUCAUGGACUUUUUUACAGUGACCAGCACCCUGGGAUGCUCCAUGAGAUGGUGAAGCCUUACUCUGCCCCUCAGCCUGCGAGAACAGAAGUGGCCGUCCUGAGGUACCAGCCGCCCCCAGAGUACGGGGUCACCAGCCGCCCAUGCCAACUUCCGUUCCCGUCGGCAGUGCAGCCGCACAGCCCCAUGUCCUCGCAGACCUCCUCCGUCAGUGGGCCGCUGCACUCCGUCUCCUUGCCACUUCCACUUCCAGGGAACCUGACGCCUCAACAGCCCCCUCCUGCUCCCUCCCCUAGCCAGCAGCUUGGUCCGGAUGCCUUUGCGAUUGUAGAGCGAGCCCAGCAAAUGGUGGAGAUACUAACAGAGGAGAACCGGGCGCUUCACCAGGAACUGCAGGGCUACUACGACAAUGCCGACAAGCUCCACAAGUUUGAAAAAGAACUUCAAAGAAUUUCAGAAGCCUAUGAGAGUCUGGUCAAGUCCACCACCAAGCGCGAGUCGCUGGACAAGGCAAUGCGAAACAAACUGGAAGGCGAGAUCAGAAGACUUCAUGAUUUCAACAGAGACCUCCGAGAUCGACUAGAGACAGCCAACAGACAGCUGUGCAGCAGGGAGUACGAGGGGCACGAAGACGAAGCCUCAGACGGUCACUAUGCUUCCCAGAAUAAAGAAUUCUUGAAGGAAAAGGAGAAGUUAGAAAUGGAGUUAGCAGCAGUGCGGACUGCAAGUGAGGACCAUCGGAGACACAUUGAGAUCCUGGACCAGGCCUUGAGCAAUGCCCAGGCCAGAGUCAUCAAGCUGGAAGAGGAGCUACGAGAGAAACAAGCGUAUGUGGAGAAGGUGGAGAAGCUGCAGCAGGCCCUGACACAGCUGCAGUCUGCGUGUGAGAAGCGAGAGCAGAUGGAGCGCAGGCUGCGGACCUGGCUGGAAAGAGAGCUGGAUGCGCUGCGGACCCAGCAGAAACAUGGAAAUGGCCAUCAAGCUGGUGUGCCAGAAUACAACGCUCCGGCCCUCAUGGAACUUGUUCGGGAGAAGGAGGAGAGGAUCCUGGCCCUAGAGGCUGACAUGACCAAGUGGGAGCAGAAGUACCUGGAGGAGAGCACCAUCCGACACUUCGCCAUGAAUGCCGCAGCCACUGCUGCAGCUGAGAGGGACACCACAAUCAUCAACCACUCGCGGAAUGGGAGCUACGGGGAGAGCUCGCUGGAGGCCCACAUCUGGCAGGAGGAGGAAGAGGUGGUGCAGGCCAACAGGAGGUGUCAGGACAUGGAGUACACUAUUAAAAAUCUACAUGCCAAAAUCAUAGAGAAGGAUGCCAUGAUUAAAGUGCUUCAGCAGCGAUCCCGGAAAGACGCUGGGAAGGCGGACUCCUCAAGCCUGCGGCCAGCACGUUCUGUCCCGUCCAUUGCAGCCGCCACUGGGACACACUCCCGCCAGACCUCACUUACCAGCAGCCAGCUGGCUGAGGAGAAGAAGGAAGAGAAGACCUGGAAGGGCAGCAUAGGGUUGCUGCUGGGGAAAGAACACCACGAACAUGCUUCUGCCCCACUGCUGCCAAUCCCGCCUGCUUCUACACUGUCCCCUGCGGCCGCUGCCACAUCAGCCAGCAGUGCCCAUGCCAAGACGGGCAGCAAGGACAGCAGCACCCAGACAGACAAGAGCACCGAACUCUUCUGGCCCAACAUGGCCUCCCUCCCCAGCCGCAGCAGGCUGAGCACAACCCCUUCCAACAGCCCUGUCCUGAAACACCCAGUGGCCAAAGCAACCACAGAGAAACUGGAGAACUCCCUUGGCCACGGGAAGUCACUGGACCACAGAGGCCGCGUCAGUAGCUUGCUGCACAAGCCUGAGUUCCCGGAUGGGGAGACGAUGGAAGUUCUCAUCUAACGCUGCCCUCCCUGUUGAAUUUCAUACUGCAACACUGGCACAUCAAGAAAAUGGCAGAGAGAGAAGAAAGAUCAAGAAGGUUGCAGAUGGGAAACCAGGAAUGAUGUGAACUGAUAAAGAUUUCAGAGUAUAAGAAUACUUUUUAUAAAUGUUACAAGCAAAAACAGGAGACCUACAUGACAGAGAAAAGAGAAUGCUGUGGAUUUUCUUACAUAUAGUGGAAGAGAAGAUGCUCGUAGGUUUGGAAACCGAACUUAAGAAGUAGGAAAUGGAAUUUUUCAUUGUACAAAAGUUGUAUCUCUUGGGGAGCCUUGGUGUACUCCCAUUCUUUGGUUAUAAACAGAUCAACCUAGACAUGUA